AGUCGCCGCUGCCGCCGGCGCUGCUGCCGCCGUAAAACCGUUCCGGAUUGAGAUUAAAAACUCCCGGUGGGGAAGGCGGCGGCGCUUAAUGUGUGGCGGAUGCACUGGGGGCCCCGGCUCGAUGAGGAGCCGGGCAGCCGGCGGCGUCUCCACAUCAUGAAUUACCCGGGCCGCAGGUCCCCGCGGAGCUCAGAGCACAACGGCCCCGGCGGCGGCGGCGCCUGGGAGCUGGGUUCGGAUGCGGACCCAGCGUUCAGCGGCAGCGUCUCCUGCUUGGAGCACCUGCCCGGUGGGGACCUGGAGGACGGCGAGGUGCCCCUGGCCCUGCUGCCCGGGGAGCCCGGGCUGCUCUUAGCGCCGGGCGCGGAAGACCACAGUCACCACCUGGCGCUGGACUCCUGCCUCAGUGACGAGAACUAUGACUUCAGCUCUGCCGAGUCGGGCUCCUCGCUGCGCUUCUAUAGCGAGGGUGAGAGCGGCGGCGGCGGCAGCUCCUCGUCGCUGCACCCGCAGCAGCAACAGCCGGCACUGGUCGGGUUGAACUCCGUGGGCGGUGGGGCUGCAGGAGGGAGACCAGGAGAGAGGAAGCGCAGUCGGCCUGGCGGUCCGGCCGCCCGGCACCGCUACGAGGUGGUGACGGAGCUCGGCCCGGAGGAGGUGCGCUGGUUCUACAAGGAGGACAAGAAGACCUGGAAGCCCUUCAUCGGCUACGACUCGCUCCGCAUCGAGCUCGCCUUCCGAACCCUGUUGCAGGCCACGGGUGUCCGGUCCCAGGCCGAGGACCCGGACGGCGACUAUGUGUGCGGCCCGGCCUCCAGCUCCAUGGAGGACGAAGAUGAGGACCACGCUUGCGGCUUCUGCCCCCGUAUGGCGGGAAACGAGCCCGAGGUGGAGGAGCUGGUGAACAUCCAACCGGUGUGCGUGCGGGGCGGACUCUACGAGGUGGAUGUGACCCAAGGAGAGUGCUACCCAGUGUACUGGAACCAGGCUGAUAAAAUACCAGUAAUGCGUGGGCAGUGGUUUAUUGAUGGUACUUGGCAGCCUCUAGAAGAAGAAGAAAGUAAUUUAAUUGAGCAAGCACAUCUCAGCUGUUUUAGGGGUCAGCAAAUGCAGGAAAAUUUUGAUAUUGAAGUGUCAAAAUCCAUAGAUGGGAAAGAUGGCAGUGGGAUCAACUAUUCUGUUGUCUACCACCUCCCUCCAUUCUCCCUCCCUUCUCUGUUCAAAUGGAGAGGAUAUAAGAAAAGUACAGAUGCGGCAGGUCUUAAACGAAAGCGUUCCCAAGCUAUUCAUAGUUUCAAGUUGAGUCGAAACCACGUGGACUGGCACAGUGUGGAUGAAGUAUAUCUUUACAGUGAUGCAACAACAUCUAAAAUUGCAAGAACAGUUACCCAGAAGCUGGGAUUUUCUAAAGCAUCAAGUAGUGGGACCAGACUUCAUAGAGGUUAUGUAGAAGAAGCCACGUUAGAAGACAAGCCAUCACAGACUACCCAUAUUGUAUUUGUUGUGCAUGGCAUUGGGCAGAAAAUGGACCAAGGAAGAAUUAUCAAAAAUACAGCCAUGAUGAGAGAGGCUGCAAGAAAGAUAGAGGAAAAGCAUUUUUCCAACCAUGCAACACAUGUUGAAUUUCUGCCUGUUGAGUGGCGAUCAAAACUUACUCUUGAUGGAGACACUGUUGAUUCUAUUACUCCUGACAAAGUACGAGGUUUAAGGGAUAUGUUGAACAGCAGCGCAAUGGAUAUAAUGUAUUACACUAGUCCACUUUAUAGGGAUGAACUAGUUAAAGGCCUUCAGCAAGAGCUGAAUCGAUUAUAUUCCCUUUUCUGUUCUCGGAAUCCAGACUUUGAAGAAAAAGGGGGUAAAGUCUCAAUAGUGUCACAUUCCUUGGGAUGUGUAAUCACUUAUGACAUAAUGACUGGCUGGAAUCCAGUUCGACUCUAUGAACAGUUACUACAGAAGGAAGAAGAGUUGCCUGAUGAACGAUGGAUGAGUUAUGAAGAACGGCAUCUUCUUGAUGAGCUCUAUAUAACAAAACAAAGGCUAAGAGAAAUAGAAGAACGGUUACAUGGAUUAAAGGCAUUAAAGACACAAAUACCUGCCUUAAAAUUUAAGGUUGAGAAUUUCUUCUGUAUGGGAUCCCCACUAGCUGUUUUUUUGGCAUUGCGUGGCAUCCGCCCAGGAAACACUGGAAGUCAAGACCAUAUUUUGCCCAGAGAGAUUUGUAACCGGUUACUAAAUAUUUUUCAUCCAACAGAUCCAGUGGCUUACAGGUUAGAACCAUUAAUACUGAAACACUACAGCAACAUUUCACCUGUCCAGAUCCACUGGUACAAUACUUCAAAUCCUCUACCUUAUGAGCAUAUGAAGCCAAGCUUUCUCAACCCAGCAAAAGAACCUACCUCAAUUUCAGAAAAUGAAGGCGUUCCAACCAUACCAAGCCCAGUGACCUCACCAGUCUUAUCUCGCCGACACUAUGGGGAAUCUAUAACAAAUAUAGGCAAAGCAAGCAUAUUAGGAGCUGCUAGCAUUGGAAAGGGACUCGGAGGAAUGUUAUUGUCAAGAUUUGGACGUUCAUCUACAUCACACCCAUCUGAGACAUCAAAAGACUCAAUAGAAGAUGGGAAGAAGCCAGUUGCCUCACCUCCAACUACCACUGUGGCAACACAGACCCUUCCACACAGCAGUUCUGGCUUUCUUGAUUCUGCAUAUUUCAGACUUCAAGAAUCGUUCUUUUAUCUCCCACAACUUCUUUUUCCGGAAAAUGUAAUGCAGAAUAAAGAUAAUAGCCUCGUGGAAUUGGAUCACAGGAUUGAUUUUGAACUCAGAGAAGGUCUUGUGGAGAGCCGCUAUUGGUCAGCUGUCACAUCGCAUACAGCCUAUUGGUCGUCCUUGGAUGUUGCCCUGUUUCUUCUAACUUUCAUGUACAAACAUGAGCACAAUAAUGAUGCAAAACCCAAUUUAGAUCCAAUCUGAACACUUGAAGGACAAAAAUGGCCCAAAACUGAUUUUUUUUUCUUUUUUUUCUUUUUUUCUUUUUUUUUUGGUUAAAAUAUGUGUGUCAAGACAUGAAGAUUUCAGGUUUAAGUAUGUUUUGGUUUGGUUAGGGCAAGAAAUACCUGGAUUUAAAAGCACUUUAUUUUAUUUAAAAAACAGAACAAAACUGUUUUUCAUUCCUAAAGAAGGUAUUUGCAGUUUUCAUCAUUUUAAUUAUGAAUCUGACAGAAGCCCUUGUAGAGCAUCAAGCAAGACAGACCUAGAAGUGAGGAUGGUUUGGGAGAACUGCAUGUAAAAGUUAUAAAGCACGGUCUAAUUUAUUUUGAAUAUAAAGGCAUACUGUAAGUUGAAUCCAACGUAUUUGACCAAAAUAUGUUAUAAAUGUAAAAUGGUCAAGGUCCAGGGUAUUCUAUGUAAAGAUUAUGAGAUGGUAUCAUUAUUUUAGUUUCUAUGAAAACAUCCAUCUCCACAAUUCCAUUGAAAGAGCAGUAUAACAGAUUUAAAAUGUUUUGAAUUUAACUUGUUUAUAAAAACUAAUGCUAAAAAAGAAACUAUUUGAACUACUGUAUUUAAAAAUUUAUUACCUCUGACUAAUUGCUUUAUUUCAUUGUAUGAAACAUUACAUUUUUUUUUUACUGUUUUAUUUAAGCAUAAUUUAAAAACCACAUUUAUUUUCUGUAGUGUUAAGAUCUUUUUAUCUCAGAACUCCAUCUUUGUACUCUUCAGAUGAAUAUACAGACACUGUGGGAUACUUCCAGUAUUUUUUCAUUAAAAACUUGUGGUUUCACACAAAACACCAGUUCAGUAAUUUUGAAGGGAAAAAAAGAAAUUUUAUUAUGUCACAUGUACCUCAGAGAAAGCCAGAGUUUUCUAAACUUGACAUGGAGUACUCCAUAAUGGGUACAUUUCAUUAACUUUAUUGAAAAAUUAGUAAACUUCUUUGGAGUACAGAGUAUGACAUCUAUUUUAAAUGAAUAAACAUUUGUUUGCCAAACAACAUAAAUGAAGGGAUGGAACGGACUAAAAAAUUUUAAAGUGUUCAGGAAAAUUUAUUGAGGCAUCUAAGGCACAAUAGAUCAGGAUUCUGAGGCACUGGAAGGGAUUUCCUCAGCUGUAAUUGUUUCCACAGUGCUAUUCAUCUGAGGAGCUCAAAGUGCUUUGAAAAGUAUACAUUCAACAAUCUAUGUAGUAGCUCCUUGAGGUAAGUAAUUGUGUUAUUUUCAUGUUACAUAUUGGUACACACUAAGGCACAAAAACAUUUAAAGUGCCUUGAAUUAGAUUACCAUAGCAAACUGUAAGAGUGUAGAUUAAAGCCAAACCAUAUUCUUCUAUAUGCUGUUCAGUGGCUAAUAAUUCACAUGUGACCUCUUAGUUGUUUGCAAACAAUAGUAAUAAUAGAAGUUGCAAUCCAUAGCUUGGUGAAAUGGCUAUGAAGCCCAUAUUUUACUCUACUUGGGCUUCCACACACACAGGAAAAAGAAGGGAUUAGUAGCCAUCUCUGCCACAACCAACCCUCAUGUCUGAGUGGCUUCCACUAGGUUCCACUUAAGGUGCUGUUUUUGUUUAUCUUGCAAGGAUUUUCUCAGCUUCCUAGUAAUCGCUCAAACUGGGAACAAAGCUGGUCAGUUGUACAUCUCACCUUUUCUGUAUAAAAGAGAGUCAGGGGCUUACUUGUAGGUUUUACUCAACACCAUUAGUACUCUUGUCUAUUUUGGCCUUUCAUUCAACUUGUACAAUGUAAAACACUUCUUUUUAGUGUUUAAAGAAAUCCUAAGGCUCCAAGACCAAGUUUGUGACUCACUAAGAAACCCCUGCUAUAAAAGGCUUGUGAUGAGAUCUUAGCAAAGCUGAAGCAAUCUCUUUCAAAUUUAGAGAUUCCUGUGAACUCAGGUCAUUUUCAUAGCCUGUAUAUUUCAUAUCUAAUUUAUCUCUCAGGAAAAUCAAACCCAUGUCAUAGGCUUGCAUCAUUAAAGGUUCUUGAGUUGCUGUGGGUGGUAUAACACUCAAAUGCCUAAAAGGUUUAGAGGACUCUUAACCACUGGCAUGUGAAGGGCCCUUUUUACCUAAGAAGAGUGGAAGUCUGUCAGACCUUUUCAUUUGAUACUAUUGAGUAAAAAGACAAGUAUGUUCCCAUAGUCAUAGGAAUAUAUCCCUUUUUUUCAUAUUGAGAAGUCAAAUUUAACCACUGGGAGUUUAUUUGAAUUCUUGGAAAGAGCAGCAUCCAGCACUCCCUUUUCAAAGUGAGAUCUUCUGGACUAGUGGACAGACGUUUUGUUUUUAAUACAUUUCAUCAGUAGAGAUGGUGGUUUUGAUUUUAUAGUACUCUUCUUAUUACUAUGUUUCUGCAUGUUAUCGUGGGAUAUACUCGUAUAUACUCAAGUAGUAUCCAAAGUAUGUGUAAUUCUGGCUUGAUAAUAGAAGCUAAGUCAGUUACUGAGUAACAUUUGCAAAUUUAUUCCAGCAAGUACUAAAUUGGCCAAAAAGUUCUGUUUUUUAUACCAUUAAAAUUUUAUUCUCUA